UUCUGGACAGUGCUAUCGUCGUCUUCUUCCUCCGGGACCCUGUUUCUACCCUGUUGCUAGGAUAGUGAUGGCGGAUACUUAUUUCUGUGUUAUUUAUCCAUUUAAAGAGGGCAUAGCCGGAUCUGAUUGCUUUCUAUCAGUGCGUCCUGUUGAACGACAAUGCUGGCAUUUGUUAUCGGCUCUCUCUCCGUGGCCGUGAUCGGAGCCUUUCUCGCGAAGUUCGCAACGGCAGAUGGGGAUUUUACUUUGCUAUCCAAGGGUCGGGCGAAGCGCGAGCGAGUGGAAGGCAAGGUCGUCUGGAUUACUGGGGCAAGCCGUGGAAUUGGAGAAGCUCUUGCAGGCCAAUUUGCAAGUUUAGGUGCAAAGUUGAUACUUUCUGCACGUAAUGUAGGAGAGCUUGAGAGAGUUAAAAUUGAAACUGUUGGCAAGCAUCCUGGUUCUUGUAUUGAGAUACUGCCUUUGGAUUUGGCAUCUGGUGAAGAAGCUCUGAAAGUUGCUGUUCAGAAGGCUGAAUCCCUCUUCUCUGGUUCUGGUGUCGAUUAUAUGGUACAUAAUGCAGCCUUUGAGCAUCCGAAGAGAAAAGCUGUGGGUGAAACUGAGGAGGGGAUUCAGACCACAUUCAACAUUACUGUAUUGGGAACUAUUACUCUUACAAAGCUUCUUGCACCUUUCAUGCUUAAAAAAAGACGAGGCCAUUUUAUUGUUAUGAGUAGUGCUGCAGGUAAGUGCCCUGCACCAGGGCAGGCGAUAUAUUCAGCGUCCAAGAAUGCUCUCAAUGGAUAUUUUCACACUUUGCGAUCUGAGUUAUAUUCUGAAGGCAUCAAAAUAACAGUUGUCUGUCCUGGUCCUAUAGAAACAUCAUCAACUUCUGGAGCUGGAACUUCUAGUAGUGGUUCAUCUGAGAGGCGAGUAUCUUCAGAAAGAUGUGCAGAACUUACUAUCGUUGCAGCAACCCAUGGGCUGAAGGAAGCUUGGAUAUCAUACCAUCCUGUUUUGCUAGUUAUGUACUUGGCACAGUACAUGCCAACAGUUGGAUUAUGGUUAAUCGACAAGAUUGGUGCAAAUCGUUUGAAUGCUGCAAAGGGAAAAGGCAAUACUGAUAGCUGGGAGCUACUUUUUGGUAAAAAGUGGAAAACGGCAUGAUUUCAUCUGCCUGAUUACUCGUUUGGGUUUGUCAACAAUUUUACUUUAUACAAUUAUAAGUUCAGGUUAUAAUGGCCUUGUUUAUCAUCUCUUUGCCUGCUCACAAGAGAUAUUCCAAACAUUCAGAAUGAUUUAAUCAUAUAAAUCAGAAUGAUUUUAAUAGAAUUUUUUCUAUUCAAUCCUAGCCA